GUCCGAGAAUCAUUUUGUUGAUUGGAGUUAUCUUUCAUGGGAAAGGGAACAGUGCUAGAAAGUCACGAUAGAGAUACGUGUAUAAAGACUGUAAGAAACAGUGUCUUCUUGUUUCUAUUGGUUGCUGAAGAUUAAUCAAUCAAAGUUUAUAAGCUAAUGACUGGCGACCUGAAAGGACCAGUAGGGGCUGGUAGUGCGGGAAACACUGCCCCAGUGAAAGGAGCUCAGGCUUCGAUCUCAUCAGUUCCCCACCAUCACAACUACAGGCCGAUAAUGUCUCCAGCUUCAACCACCACAUGUGUCGCUCAUGUCUUGUUGUUGAUGCACCAAACACUUCCACUGCAAGCCUGUGCUGAACUGACUUUUCACCAUUUUAAAGAAGAAGACUUGUCGGUUGUUGAAAAUCACUUUUUCCACGUGACGUUCUGGGUGAACAUGUCGACCUGUAAGGAGUCGAAUACUUCACACAAAAUAAUUGUUCACACCAGGACGAAGACCGGAAGUCUAGAGUAUGACGGGACGAUUACCUACUGGAAUGACACGUGUACUGAGAGACCAGGGAAGUCAGUUCGGUGCAUCAGCCCGACAGGUCCAGCAGAGCUGAACAGAACAGUGAACCGUUCUCACGUGCAGAUUGAGUGGGAGUUGAUUUCUACACACUCUGAUUCAUCUACCUUCAUACGAAAGAAUCUUACUGUGUUGUAUCCACCCAAAGUCUCAAGCUUCACUAUAGAUAAAAACGAGGUCAAUGGCAACUAUCUUAUUAAUGAGGGAAAAGAAGUUAACAUUUCCUGCUCGUUUGACAAGGGAAACCCUCAAACUGUCUUCUUCCUGUUGGAUAAAACUGGAAAAGAAAUAAAUGUUUCUAGAUCAGAAGAACAACUCAUACAUUCAGUGACCGUCAGAUGUCAAGAUGACUGGCCCCUUGUUCGAUGUGAAGGAACUGGUUCGGAAAAGAACACAUCAGUGACACUUCUUGCCAAGUCUGUUGUUGCAGGUAAGACUCCGAUUUAUUUCACACUACAAAACCAGCAAAAAUUUAUAUAGAACAUAAACGAGCAAUCGACAUUUGAGCCUGUGUUACCACUGCCAAGAAUGUGUGAAGACAAACGAAAUUGAAUGAUGGACAUUUGUAUCAGCUUGUACACAGAGUCGGCAUUAAAAGGCUAAAGGUGUGGCUAGUUUCGGACGAUCUCAAUGGUAGGCCUGUGCGAGUUAAAUUUUGAAAGAAAAGACGCCAGGAAAGCUAAAUUUCCCAGUAAAUGUUGUUCAUAGAUUCUUAAUCGACCAAAGUUAUAAGAAAUUAAACUAUUUUGAUUAAACUUUCCAGGUCAUGGGCAGUAGACUAGGGCAAAGGUCUUUUUUCCUCUCAGAGGUUUGGCUGUUGUACUUAUCUUGUACCGCGUAUUUAUUUGUUCCUGCUACUUUUCAUGUCUGAUUAAAAUAGUCGAAACAAGCACAAAUGAAAACUGAAAGCGAAAAAAUGCAAGGAAAAAAAAUGAAAGAAAAAACAAUGAAAGGAAGAAAGAAAGGAAAUCAAGCAAUGAGAUCAUUGUUUCUUUUUGAAACUUUAAAACCUAAUUAUAACAUCUUCCUUCCAGAAGAACGCUGGUUGUGUUUUAUGCUUUUUACUUGUUAACAAAUAAUAUGUUUUAUAUGUCUG